AUGUGGGCUUUGUGUUUGGGAGAUUUGGUUAUUAUAAGUUUCACACAUUGGGUUUAUCGGUGGAGAAAUCCCAGAUGCAAUGGGAAACUUCCCCCUGGUUCAAUGGGAUUGCCACUCCUUGGCGAGACGAUUCAGUUCUUUUCUCCCAACACUUCUUCUGAUAUCCCUCCCUUUGUUAAAGAGAGGAUGAAAAGAUACGGGCCAAUAUUCCGAACUAAUUUGGUUGGAAGGCCAGUUGUGGCAUCUACAGACCUAGAUCUCAAUUACUUCAUCUUCCAACAAGAGGGACAGUUGUUUCAGAGCUGGUAUCCAGAGACGUUCACAGAAAUCUUUGGACGUCAAAAUGUGGGUUCAUUACAUGGGUUCAUGCACAAGUACCUCAAGAAUAUGGUGCUAAAUAUCUUUGGUCCUGAAAGCCUCAAGAAAAUGCUCCCUGAAGUUCAACAGGCAGCAUCUCAUCAGGACACCAUCGAAUUGAAAGAGGCGACCGCUAGUAUGAUAUUUGAUCUGACAGCAAAGAAGCUGAUAAGUUAUGAUAAGGAGAAUUCCUCAGAAAACCUCAGGGAUAACUUUGUUGCAUUCAUGCAAGGCUUAAUCUCCUUCCCUUUAGAAAUGCCUGGAACAGCAUAUCACAAAUGUUUACAGGGUAGGAAAAGGGCAAUGAAAAUGUUGAAGAACCUGCUACAUGGAAGAAGAGCAAAUCUGAGAAAGCACCAAAGUGACAUUUUUGACUUUGUACUUGAAGAACUUCAGAAUGAGGGAUCGAUCCUGACAGAGGCAAUUGCUUUGGAUUUGAUGUUUGUGCCAAUUGCUUUGGAUUUGAUGUUUGUGCUACUAUUUGCUAGCUUUGAAACAACCUCCAUGGCUAUAACUAUGGCCGUCAAGUUUCUCUCGGACCAUCCAUUGGUGCUGAAUAAAUUAAUGGAAAAGCAUGAAGCAAUUUUGAAAAUUCUGGAAAAUGCUGACUCUAGCAUCACAUGGAAAGAAUACAAGUCAAUGACAUUUACAUUUCAGUUCAUCAAUGAAACUGUUAGGCUGGCAAACAUUGUUCCAGUAAUCUUCAGAAAAGCGCUCUGA